AUGCAGAUCUUUGUCAAAACUUUGACGGGCAAGACCAUCACCCUCGACGUGGAAGCUUCGGACACGAUUGACAACGUCAAAGCAAAGAUCCAAGACAAGGAGGGCAUCCCGCCCGAUCAGCAGCGCCUCAUCUUCGCUGGCAAGCAGCUGGAGGAUGGCAGGACCCUUUCGGAUUACAACAUCCAGAAAGAGAGCACGCUCCACUUGGUGUUGAGGCUCCGUGGUGGCAUGCAGAUCUUCGUGAAGACGCUCACGGGCAAGACGAUUACUCUCGAUGUUGAGGCGUCGGAUACCAUCGACAAUGUGAAGGCAAAGAUCCAGGACAAGGAGGGAAUUCCCCCCGACCAGCAGCGCCUGAUCUUCGCGGGCAAGCAGUUGGAAGAUGGCCGCACGCUUUCGGAUUAUAACAUCCAGAAAGAGAGCACCCUCCACCUGGUGUUGAGGUUGCGCUGA